AUGUCGACUAUCAGCGCAUGCAAAGCCAGUCUAACGGAAGUUCUCACUGCACUCGAGACGACAAGAGAAGUCGAUAAUGAAGCAUACAUGGACUACAUGCAACAGUCCAAGAUUGAGGAUGGAACGGUAGCUGCAGAAGCCCUUAUUCAUACUCUUCAUGCAAGGCUGGAAGAAGUAUGCGCACGUCUUGAAGCACUUCGCUCGGACAGCCAUCAUCCCAAAGCAGAUAAUGAGCUUAACGCUCGUGUUCUUAAAAAGUUUUUCGCCUCUUCAAAGUUUAUCGACGGCCUCCUUUAUGUUCAAUUUCCUUGGAAAGCAUCCCAUCCAAAACUGCUCGACAGGAAAGAGCUAGAGGCGAAGAGGCGUUUCACCAAAUUUAACUUCAACGGUCAAAGCGAGACGCUACUCGUUUUCUUUGGUUUGAAGACCCGUUUAGCCCGCAAACAGGCGACAAUAUACGCGUAUUUCGAUUUACACGCAUCCCUUUCGGGGUUAACGCGUCACCAUUUAUGCUCGCAGCUGCCAUACAAUACUAUUUGCACUGUCUUCGCAGGUCCCCUCUUCAAGGAGAUUGAACGCAACACCUAUGUAAAUAAUGUCGCAUUUGGAGCCGAAACACAUGAUGAGGCCAUCAAGAAAUACGAGACAGCAAAAUCUGUCUUCGGUGAUAUGCACAUGAACCUGCGUCACUUCGUAUGCAACUCAAAACUUGUCAACAAUUCCACACCUCAGGAAGAUAGGGUUGCUAGUAGUGAACACACUACGUUGCUAGGCAUCGUAUGGAACUAUCACAAGGACCUUCUUAGUAUGACAAUAAAAACGUUACAUGUUCCAAUUCAUUCGAAGCGUACAGCACUUCGCGCUCCAGCGUCAAAAUAUGACCCGCUUGGCCUACUAACACCAUUCUUCUCCAAUGUUGAGAUGUUUGUACAAGAUCGAUGGGCCAAAGAACUAACCUGGAACAAUGCGCUAGAUCAUUCUGACCGUCAACGUUGGUCAGAUCUUCUCGCAGAUCCUAAAUAUCCUCUUCCGUCAGUUCCUAGAUUAGUAAUUCCAGCUGAUAAGACGCCUAGUUGUGGCGAACUAUGCGUGUUUGGAGACGUGCGCAUAUCUUCUAUGUCGAUCCGAGUCAGCUACCUCUUCCAAACUCGUUAUGGCUAA